AUGCAAAACAUAGAAAAUAAAAAAAUAAAAAUGAAAUUUAAAUUGAAUAAUAUCAAUAAAAAGAAUACUCUUAAUAUAAAUAAAGGAAAAAAUGAUUUAAAUUCAAGAUAUAACUUUAAUUGUACAAAUAAUAAUACCACACAGAAUAAUUUUAUAAAUAAUAAUAAAAGUUCAUUAGAAAAUUCUAAUUCUAAUAAUUUAAAGAAUAAUAUAAAAAUAAAUAUAGUAAGUUCUAACAAUAAUAAUAAUACUACUAAUAAUAUUAAUAAUAAUAACAAUAGUAGUAGUUUAAAUGGUAAUAACAAUAAUAAUAACAGUAAUUUACUUCAUGGAAAUAAGUAUAUUUUGAAAAGUAAUUUAAAAAUAUUUUAUAAAAAUGAAAUAAUACCUUUUUCUUUUUUAUAUCAUAAAAUAUUAACUAUAUUAAAAUCUCAUUAUAAUAAUCAUAUAAGCAAUAAUAAUCAUAUAAGCAAUAAUCCAGUAGUAGCAAAUAAGGGAAUUUCAUUUUUUCAUUUGGAAAAUAUGCUAAUUAAUUUUGGAUUUAAAGGUGUUGAUAUAAAUAAUCAUUUUUUAUUAAGUUAUUUAGCAUCUUCAAAACAAAUUAAAAUUGAUUUAAAUGAAAAAAGAAUAUGUUACAUUAAUCCUUAUAUUGAUAUUACAAAUAUAACUUCAUUAUUAAAUAAAAUAAAUAAAAAUGGAUUUUUAUAUGGUUAUGAAAUUAAUGAUGAUUUAAUUAGCACUAACAAAGAUAUAUAUAAAUGGGUAAAUACCUUAUUGUUUGAAAAAAAAGUUAGGUGUAUACGAUCAAAUAAUAGUCACUUAAGAGGAAAGUUAAAAUGUAAAAACCUCCCAACUUUUUGUGAUAUCUAUUCAAAAAAUAAAUGUGAUAAUUGUUUUUACAAUUUGAAAGGUUUUAUAUUCUUUCCGCUUGCUUAUGAACAUAUCGAAAAAGAACGAUUCACAAUUACAAAUGAUAUCAAAACACUAUGGGAUGAAAUCACUUUACCAAAUCUUGAUAAUAUUUUAAAAGAAUACAAAUUAAAAUCUACGAAUAAUCUUUUUUUGAAUGAUAAUAUUCAAAAAAGAAAAAAUAAAGAUGAUAAAUUUGCACCUAUUCUUAAAAAAAUGAAAAGAAUUUACAAUACUCAUCUUUUUACACCAGAUGAAAUUAAAAAUGAGUUUAUUCAAAAAAAAUAG